AUGCCUGAAACACCAAAUCAUACCAACAACUACCUCAUUUUCCAGAAUUGCAAUGUUGUUGUUUUCCAUUCCGACAACAUCCCAGAGUCCCAAGCCGAUGAUGAGAGCCAAAUAAAAAUGGCCUCCCGACAGGCGGUUUACGCAUUCAUCGUCACCGUGUUGCUAAACUUGGUCCAAAUUAAGUUUCAAGGAAAAGCUGCUUCCCCUUUUCAAACAAACCCCAAAACCAUGAUUUUUGCCGUGGCAAGUUUGCUUCUUUACUAUUGGGCGUCAUAUUUUGCCACCAAGCUAAGAACAGCAAAUCCACCUUCUUCUGCGCUACCAAAUGAUGAUACCAGCUGGGCUGCUUACUUUAGUAAGGUGGGUUUGGGAUUUUGUGGACCCCUGUCAUUGGCGUCUAUUCUGUCCGUCAUUCUCCCACAAUCCCUUUGCCCACUUGCAUUUUCAGCAUCCCUUUUGUUUUCCUUGUCGCAAAUGAUGUCCCAAUCCCAUGUAAAAAUGAUUUGGAAAAUGGUGACAAAAGCAACCACUUAUAUCAUGGAAAAGUUCCGGGGUCAACCACAUUCCCAUGCUCUUAGGAGAAGAAGAGGAGGAGGAGAAAUUCAUGUUGAACUACCUGGCUGGCUUCCACAACUCACCAAUAUUGCCAUGUCCAAUCAUGUAGGAACACUACCUCUCUAG